UCUGAUUUGUGUUGAAGGGAUAUAAUCUCCUUCAACACAACAAUCCAAAAAAGAAAAAAAUGGAAAAACUCCAAAGCUCCCUCCUCUUCUUAGCUGCAAUGGCCUGUGUUCUAAUGGAACAGACGAACUCGAUGAGCCACAUUGUGGGAGGAAGCUUCGGUUGGAGCAUCCCCAAGAACAGCUCCUUCUACCAAGAAUGGGCCAAACCAAGAACCUUCGGCGUGGGUGAUAAAUUGGUGUUCCCGUACAGGACGGGUGUGCACAAUGUGCUAGAGGUUGAUGAGAAGGAGUACAAGGCAUGCACUCAAGAAAACCCCAUUGAUAUGUUGUACAAGGGGCCAACUAUUUUGGAGCUGAAGAAGAAAGGGUCCUAUUAUUUCUACUGUGGCGUUGGAACACAUUGUGAGGCCGGCCAGAAGCUCGCCGUCACCGUCACCAUCGACGGGUCAGGAUCGUCGGGGGCUCCAUUCAACCCUGUUUUUGAACCAGCUCCUGCACCUGCUUUAAACUCUACCAAGUCCUCUGCUAAUUCUAUUCACAACUUGGGCUUGGUUUCUGGUUUGGUUUAUUUAUUGGUUUCAAUGUUCAUCUGAAACUGGAGAGGUCUAUGAAGCUAAAAGUUGUGGAAGAAUUCAUGUUUGGCUAACCAUAUAUUUUCAAUGAUCAACACUUAAAAUUUAAAUGAUA